AGCGUUUGACCCUCAGCCCCCGCCCCCCGCCCCCGCGACACCUCCACCCAGUAGCGGCGGCCACUCAGCCCAGGACCAUGGGCAGCACGGCCUGUUCCUUCCUGGAAAUUCAGCAGAAAGUUUACAUUCAUAGGUUGCUGAAUCUUUUCCAUAUUAAUGGAUGACAUUUGGUAUGUGCACUGCAAAUCCUGCUCUGGGACUCUGUGAACUGUGGGGUGCCUGAUGCCUGUAAUCCCCAUUCCCCGCCGUGUCCGUUCUUUCCACGGCCCCCACACAACAUGUCUGCGUUCAGCCUGUGGCCCAGUAGGGACCACCCUUGGUCACACCAAGUACAACAACUAACAUCUGAAAUCUCGAUGGAUGUACGGAUUCAUUCGUUUCCUGCUGUACUUCAGCAGCAGCCUGUUUACCUCCAUCCUCCGGGUGGCGCACUCUAUCUUGUUUUGCCUUCAGUACCUGGGCAUACAGAUCUUUCUGCAUUUCCAGUCCAAACUCUCCAUCAUCCUUCUCUUGUUGGGGCGAAGGCGGGUGGACUUCAGCCUCAUGAAUGAACUGCUCAUCUAUGGAAUUCACUUGACCGUGCUGCUAGUGGGGGGGCUGGGCUGGUGUUUGUGGAUAUGUAAAUAAAGUAAGUGCCUGUGG